CGGCAGACUCUCAUUAUAACAACAGCAACAGCAACAGACUCAACAAACUCAACAAAAUCUUCUGUGUAAUUAUCAUCCAAAUAGUUACCCGGUCAACUACAUUACCCACAAUGCUCUUCAAGACCUUUUUCCUCAUCACGGCCACGGUGGCCCCCUCGGUCCUCGCGGCAUGCACGGGAGCGCCGUUCCAGGGGACUUGCAACGACUGCGUUGUCGAGUGCCACGACACCUACAACGGACCGGGCAGACAGGAGUCUCUUCAGCGGGCCAGUUGCCAGUUUGCCUGCCUCGCGUUCUGCGACGACUGCGACUAAGGUACGGCCGGUGGAGGCCAUAGUCUAUCAACACAUAGUCAUCUGCGUCUAAGCCUGGGGUUUUGGAGGCUGAUCUGAAGACUACAUUGGUCAAAUGAUGGUGUAGAGAUGCCAUUACCAUUCUCUGAACCAGAAUCAAACAGUCCUGGAUAUCAGGGUUUAGACAAUUAUAUGAAACACAUCUUUGCACCUGUACUCUCUUAGCAUCAUGUUAUGGAGAUGUGCCUCGGGAUCUUUGUCGAGGCAACGCCACCAACACAUACAUACAAGGUGCUUAGGUAAUUCAAUGUACCUGUUUUUCGAGCCAAGGAUCCCGAAACCUGGAAGACGCCAAACUUGGCCCAAAUUUUCAAGCAAUUGCCACAGUUACA